AUGGCCUGGCGAGGCUGGCCUGCGUCGUGGCUGUGGGUCGCCAGCUGCGGGCUGCUGCUCCUAGUCUUCAUCCUGCUCUUGAGCCCCCGCAGCUGCCGAGCGCGGCGGACCCUCCGCGGCCUGUUCAUGGCGCGUAGCAAGCGGCUGCUCUUCCGAAUCGGGUUCGUGCCGGGCUCCGGCGGGCUGCGGGCUGCGGGGAUCGGGAAAGCUGGCGCGCUGGAAAAGGGACUAGAGGAGGGUACUGAGCAAGGCAGACGGUCGGCACCAACCCCAGGAGUGAAGGUGCUCCCCAUCCCUGUCCUCGCGGACAACUACAGCUACCUCAUCAUCGACACCCAGGCCCGGCUAGCUGUGGCUGUGGACCCUUCCGACCCUCAGGCUGUACAGGCUUCCAUUGAAAAGGAAGGUGUUAACUUGGUUGCCAUUCUCUGCACCCACAAACACUGGGACCACAGUGGAGGGAACCGCGACCUCAGCCGGCGGCACCAGGACUGUCGGGUGUACGGGAGCCCUCAGGACAGCAUUCCCUACCUCACCCAUCCCCUGUGUCAUCAAGAUGUGGUUAGUGUGGGACGGCUUCAGAUCCGGGCUCUGGCCACCCCGGGCCACACACAAGGCCAUCUGGUCUACCUGCUGGACGGGGAGCCCUAUGAGGGUCCCUCCUGCCUCUUCUCAGGGGAUCUGCUCUUCCUCUCUGGCUGUGGACGGACCUUUGAGGGUACUGCAGAGACCAUGCUGAGCUCACUGGACACCGUGCUCGGGCUGGGGGAUGACACUCUUCUGUGGCCUGGCCACGAGUAUGCAGAGGAGAACCUGGGCUUUGCAGGCGUGGUGGAGCCCGAGAACCUGGCCCGGGAGAGGAAGAUGCAGUGGGUGCAGAGGCAGCGGAUGGAACGCAAGAGCACGUGCCCGUCCACCCUGGGGGAGGAGCGCUCCUAUAACCCGUUCCUAAGGACACACUGCCCGGUGCUGCAGGAGGCUCUGGGGCCAGGCCCUGGCCCCACAGGCGACGAUGGCUGCUCCCGGGCCCAGCUCCUGGAGAGGCUCCGCCAGCUGAAGGACCUGCAUAAGAGCAAGUGACCCCACCCCGGCCCGGCCCAGUCCACCCGCCGCAGUGGGGAGACCACCCAUCAUCGCCCAUGCCACGCCAUCCCUCUGUCUGCUACCACCCCGCCUCCAUCGGCUCGUCAGCGGGCACCACCCGGACACUGGCCAGGGGCAGAGGAGGGACAGGCGAGGAGACCCUGAGAACGAGAGGCCGGGUGACGGAAGGCUUGGGGACUCCACAGGGUGAGGCUGAGUCACCGAGGGCAGAGCUAACACUGGGAGUUAGCUCCCCCUGUUCCUGCCGCGGCAGUGAGGACGCGGAGCCCUUGCUCUCACUGCAGCCUCUGAACUCAGGGCAGCAGGAGUCCUGAACAGGGUGAGUCCAUCUUUCCCUUCCUCCCAUCCGUGGUGGGGAAAGAAACUCGCUCCCCCAGACUGGCCUGAGGUCAGGUGCUUUGGAAAAGCAGUCACUCAGAGGGGCACCUGGGCUCUGGUUUUCUGAGCCUCUGCCCCUCCUCCCCCAGGCAUUUUUGCACAAGAGCAAGGCACCCACAAAAGCAAGGCCACCCCCGCCCCCACAAAGGCAUUUUUUUUAAACAGAGCCAUUUCUGAGAAAGAGGAAAGGGCUGCAAGCCUGGCUGUGGACAAUCUGACUUGUGACUCCCCUGCAGCCUGGAAGCGGGAGAGUCCCGGUUGCCAAGGAAACCUGACCUCAGGCUAAGGAGACACCAGGAGGCUGGGACUGGAGGCCCCACGGUCAUGUAGGUCACACAUGCUCACUGCACAGCUGGCCUGGUCCUGCCUGCUGGCCUCUGCCCCUGCCCUGGGCCAGCAGGGCCCCUUCUUCCUGGGGGACCAGAGAGCCAUUGUCCACCAGGUCCACUGUGGUUUUCUCAUUGUGGCCCUUAUUCUUAGACACUCCUGCUUCAUCCUCAACCCUUGCCCCUUUCAGUUAGUAAAGCCAUUCAUCUGGCCCUUUGCAGUUGGCCAAGGACAUCACCUUGUCAUUUCUCAUUUGGCCCUUGGCCCUAUCCUGGCAGGAGCCAGGAGGUCUACAC